UUCACAACAUCUUCCCAAUUCUCGAGUGGAAAGAGAAAAUUACUGUCGCUCCACCCCUCAGCCCUCUAUCCAGAGACUUCCGUCGUUGCGAUCGUCGCCGUCGAGAGCUCAUCCGUACUCCGUCGUCGGAAAAUGAAGAAGGUCGGCAAGGUCCCGACACCUUCACCAAAUCUCAUCACCGUUGUCCUCGGUCUGCUUCUCAUAUCCUCCUGCCACUCCUUCUACCUCCCCGGCGUCGCUCCUCGGGAUUUCCAGACUGGUGAUAGUCUUCCUGUUAAAGUAAACAAAUUGUCGUCCACAAAAACACAGCUCCCAUAUGAUUACUACUAUUUAAAUUACUGCAAGCCCAAAAAAAUCAAUAACAAUGCAGAAAACUUGGGAGAAGUUCUCCGAGGCGAUCGCAUUGAGAAUUCUGUUUAUACUUUCAAAAUGAGGGAGGAGCAGUCUUGUACUGUUGUCUGUAGGGUCACACUUGAUGCUGACUCUGCAAAGAAUUUUAAGGAGAAAAUUGAUGAUAAAUAUCGAGUAAAUAUGAUCCUGGAUAACCUUCCAGUUGCCGUUCUUCGACAAAGGAGGGACGGAAAUCCAUCAACCACUUACGAACAUGGAUUUCUCGUUGGAUUCAAAGGGAAUUAUGCUGGGAGCAAAGAGGAAAAAUAUUUUAUCAAUAACCACUUGAGCUUUAGAGUCAUGUUUCACAAGGACCCUGACACGGAUCUGUCUCGAAUUGUUGGAUUUGAGGUUACACCAAACAGUAUUAAUCAUGAAUACAAAGAGUGGGAUGAGAAGAAUCCGCAGCUAAUUACAUGCAAUAAGGACACAAAAAAUUUCAUCCAAGGCAGCACUGUUCCUCAAGAAGUUGACACGAACAAGGAGAUUGCAUUUACGUAUGAUGUUUCAUUCAAGGAAAGUGAUAUUAAAUGGGCUUCUCGGUGGGACACAUACCUUCUCAUGAAUGACGAUCAAAUUCACUGGUUCUCCAUUAUAAACUCUCUGAUGAUUGUUCUUUUCCUUUCUGGCAUGGUGGCCAUGAUCAUGAUGAGAACUUUGUAUAGAGAUAUUGCCAACUAUAAUCAAUUGGAUGCCCAAGAUGAGGCUCAAGAGGAAACAGGAUGGAAGCUUGUGCACGGAGACGUGUUUAGACCACCCAUCAAUUCUGGUCUAUUGUGUGUUUAUAUCGGCACGGGCGUUCAGAUCCUUGGAAUGACACUUGUAACAAUGAUAUUUGCUCUGCUGGGUUUCUUAUCUCCUUCCAACAGAGGAGGGCUGAUGACUGCUAUGGUCCUUCUGUGGGUUUUCAUGGGAUUGUUUGCUGGUUAUUCAUCAGCUCGUUUGUACAAAAUGUUCAGGGGCACCGAAUGGAAGAGGAUUACGUUGAAAACCGCCUUUAUGUUUCCUGGUAUUCUUUUUUCAAUCUUCUUUGUGCUUAAUGCUCUGAUCUGGGGGGAGCAGUCAUCCGGGGCAGUACCUUUUGGGACAAUGUUUGCACUUGUCUGCUUGUGGUUUGGCAUAUCAGUACCAUUGGUGUUCGUUGGCAGUUACUUGGGCUUCAAAAAGCCAGGAAUUGAAGAUCCUGUGAAGACCAACAAGAUUCCUAGGCAGAUACCCGAUCAAGCAUGGUACAUGAAGCCAGUCUUCUCCAUACUCAUUGGGGGUAUUCUUCCAUUUGGGGCCGUCUUUAUCGAGCUCUUCUUCAUCUUGACAUCAAUAUGGCUGAACCAGUUCUACUACAUAUUUGGGUUUCUCUUCAUAGUAUUUAUCAUCCUUUUAAUUACGUGCGCUGAGAUAACAAUUGUGCUGUGCUACUUCCAGUUGUGCAGUGAAGAUUACUACUGGUGGUGGAGAUCUUACUUGACUGCAGGAUCAUCCGCACUAUAUCUCUUCCUCUACUCAGUCUUCUACUUCUUCUCCAAGUUGGAGAUUACAAAGUUCGUUUCAGGGAUCCUCUACUUCGGUUACAUGGUCAUCGUUUCAUAUGCAUUCUUCGUGUUGACGGGAACCAUUGGCUUUUAUGCUUGCUUCUGGUUUGUUAGAAAGAUCUACUCAUCCGUGAAGAUUGACUGAUUGAUUUAGUUGCUUAUGGCACAAAGGUUGUUCAGUUCAGACUGUAUGAAUCAAGGUAAACGGGAAGAACUGAAAGAUGAGAACUUUUCCAAUUAGAAGAUCUCUACCCCUUUUCAUUUUCUCGUCUCACGGUGAAUUCCCUUUUUAUGGUAGAGUGUAGGUCCUCUUUCUCUCCCUCCUUCCUUUACACUGUUGUUGAGAUUUGAUGAAUCUGUUCUAUUAUUGUGUACAAGAGACAUGGACCCGUGAUUUUGGAGUUUUUGUGGUCAUAUAUGAAUUACUUCUUACUCAUACCAA